AUGACAAGGCCAGCCCUCAAGUUCAUCGACUGCGCUCCACUGGAUAAGACCCAGACCGCCCAGAUUCGUCGGCAAGUCAGGUCUCAUGCAGCGAGGUGUGCAGGAGGUGAUAUUCCGGACACGGAGGAUCAAUCGUCGCAGAAGGACGUGCCGCGAAAGAGGCGCCGGAGACGACCGUAUCUCAGUUGGACUGUUCCGAUCAAGCAGACCGAACACCCUCAAGAACAACACCAACAGCAACAGAGUGACGUGCAGAAUCACAAACAGAGCAGCGAGUCGAGUUCUCCACUGACAGCGCUUUCGGGAACCACUCUGAUACCUGCGUCGAAAAGUCCUGUAUAUCAUCAGCCUUUUGUCUCUGUUGUGCUGCAUAAUUAUCUUCAACAUCUCGCGGUGGCCAUCCCAGAAAUCGAUGGCGAAGGACAAUCUGCCUUGCUCCGAACGCGAUGGUUUCCCCUGGUCAUCAAUUCGCCCCUCGUCUUCCAGGUCAUCGUCUUAUUCUCUGCCUCCCACUACGCGGCGCAAAGACAAGACCGAGCCUUCGCCGAAACCAUUCUGUCGCUUAAACAAUGCGCUCUCACGGGCAUUAGGCAAUCGCUGUCAGUCCGCAAGGGCAGCAUGGUUCGUGACGAACUCAUUGCCGCUACCGCCAAAAUGGCAAGCUACGAGGCAAUUUACGGGACGGAGCAGGCGUACCAUAGCCAUAUGAAGGGCGUGGAGGAGAUGGUGAAGGUGAGAGGCGGUCUGCAUACGUUGGGGCUGGAUGGGUUGAUGUCUCGACUGCUGAUUUUUAUCGAUACGAACUCGGCAUUUUUGCUGAAUACACAUUUGCAUCUUUCUGGGUCGGGGUCUUACUUUCCGAGGCUCGAGCCCUUUGUGUUCCCGGCUAACCCGAGUCGUUUCAUUGGUGAGGUCUAA